CAGAGAAGUUGGGAGAGACGAUAAGUAAUAGAAAGCUGUGUGUGGAGGAUGGAGAGCCAGCCAAAUUUGUCUGGGCACAAAAGCUUACUCAUAGACACGGAAACAGACAGCCGCCGGCACGCAGCUUUUCUUCCAUCGCGUGUCCCUUCCGCAUUAAAUGUUUGUUUUCAACCGUGGAUCAUUCCUCGUUAUGAACUUCAGCAAUAUUGAAUAUGAUUAUAGUUGGAAUUAGCAUUAUAUGAUAUGAUUCAAAUGAAAUGUAGAUGACUAAUGAUUGUGGGGCUCAGAGGGGGGGAGCGGGUCAAGUGGGAGCUGAACUUUUGGAAACACUUGGACAAAGCUGCUUGUUUUUCUGAAGGAGUCACAUAUAAGUAAGAGGUGAAAAAAAGGGUGUGUUCAGAUAGAGAGGGAUAGAAAAAUGUCGAAUAGCGAGGAGGAGCAGCAACAGCAGCAGCAAUUGGUGCGGGAGAAGGAAGAGAAGGAUUCUGUGGAAGAAUUGCUGCCAUUGGAGAGCAGUCCGUACGUGAAAUACAAAGACUUGGAGGAGUACAAAAGAAAAGGGUAUGGGGCGGAGGGGCAUCUUGAGCCCAAGCCCAACCAGGGCGGCGGUACUGACGCACCCACCUUGUCCGGCAGCGGCUUCCCGGAGGUGAAGCCCGCCACCAUUGACUUCGUCACCAACCAUGGCCUUCUCUCCUGAUCGCCUCAGCCAUGCCAUUCCCAUUUUCACUUUUUUUUUUUUUUUUUUUUUUUUUUUUUU